AUGUCAGAUCGGCGUCGGCGAAAUUCUCGAAAAUGCGCGACAAAAGAGUCAACAACUUUACUGAAUGAACAAAAACCUCAGCCGAACUCUCGAAGAGCAAAAGACACUCCUUCAACUAGACCAACGAAUGCUUCGAAACGAACUCGAAUAGAUUCGGUUGUCUCAAAACCAGUGGGUACGAAAAAGAGAAAAGAGAUUCUUUAUGAUGGAGAUGACGAUGAUGAUAUCAAAGUGAUUUUUCCAGAUAACAAACAACCGUUAGGAAAAUCCGAAAUAGAUCGAUGUGCUAUCUGUUUGGAUGAUUGUACAGAACCAAAAGAGCUCGCUAAAUGUGGUCAUAUAUUUUGCACAGCAUGUAUUGAUCAAUAUUUCGAAACAGUCAAACCGCAAUGUCCAUGUUGUUUUACAAUCUAUGGGGAACUUCGAGGAAAUCAACCGGUGACUGGCACAAUGACCAUCGAUAACUCGAAACAUCGUUUACCCGGCUUUGAACAUGAUUCAUGUGGCUCAAUACGAAUAACAUAUUCUUUCCCGAACGGAAUCCAAGAUGAAAGUCAUCCGAAUCCAGGCACACCUUAUUAUGGCACAACUCGUCAAGCAUUUUUACCUGAUAAUUAUGAGGGUCGCUAUGUACUUAAAUUAUUAAAGAAAGCAUUUGAACUACGACAAAUUUUCACUGUCGGACAAUCUCGAACGACCGGUUAUGACAAUGUCAUCACUUGGAAUGACAUCCAUCAUAAAACAAGUAUUCAUGGCGGUGUUGAAAAUUUUGGCUAUCCGGAUAGCACAUAUUUGAAUCGAGUGAAACAAGAAUUGGCGGCUAAAGGAAUCAAAUAA